AUGUCUUUUCCAAUUAUACACAUCAAUGGCUACCCAGGCGUAGGCAAGCUCACUAUCGCCCAGAAACUGGUCGACCUACUAUCAACCUUCAAUGGAAAACUUAUUCAUAACCACCUUCACAUUGACCCAGUAGGUGCUAUCCUGCCGCGGCCCAGUUCAGAUUAUCAGCCUCUACGUCGCACACUUCGAUCUGUUUUCUUUGAUGCCUUGGUUAAGUCGCAUGAUACGAUGGCGUCUGUAAUCGUCUUUACUGACUUCCAGUCCAACGACGCGCUCGGUCGCAGCGUCAUCGCCGAGUAUCUCGAUAUGGCCGCCCGCAGGCAUUGCAGCUUUGUCCCCAUCACUAUUAUCUGUAGUCAAGAGGAGAAACUGCGUCGACUGUCCUCUUCAGAACAUCCGUCACGGAAAACUUACAGACAUGGAAGUGGUGGCACACCUACGGGAUAA